GAAUUUUUUCUAGAUAUCACAGAAUGUAAUAAAAUGAAUGCUGCUGGAAGUUUUAUUCCUGUUCGUUUCUUGGCUUUGAUAUCACAUUUUGUGAUUUUAGUUACAGUGUUUUGGUCAUUAGAUAUCACACUGAAAACGUGUUUAUUAACAGGCUAUACAGAUCAGGAAUAUGCGGAUCAAGAAAGAAAGUUAACAAUUGGAUUUUCAAUUUCUAUCGCCUUGUUUAUUUUUGAGAUGUUAAGCUUCCUUUCUGGUGUUUCAAUGUUUCAUAGUUCUGUUGCAAUGAUAUCUAUAAUAACUCAUGUGAGUGCUUCAAUUUCUUUAUCAAUGUUUGUUCUUGAAUACUGGACUUGUGAUAGAUUUUGGUACAUAUUUGGUUUUUGUAGCGCUUUUCCCGCAUCGUUAGAGCUGGUCACACUCAUGUUAUUUAUGAUUUGCAAAAAAAGAUAUUAAAAUGUUUAAUAAUAAAACAUCGAAGUAGAAUAGUGCAAACUUUAUUAUAAAUGCGGAGGUCAUUUAAAGUUUGCUUAGUGCUAAAACAGAACGUUUUUAUUGUUUUUAUUUUCACCUGCUUGAAUAUAUUUUAAACAAAAGUUUUAUAAAA